AUUCACUCAUGAGAAAUUACACUUCCGGUAGAAAACAACGAUUGAUCGCACCAUUAUAACAUGCUUAAAGAUUACGACAAAUCUAGCAGAUGUUACAUUUGAUUGAAGAGUUCGACCGAUUUUCACUUAAAGUUCACAGUUGAAAGUGUUCAUUGGCAUUGGAUAUGACUGAUAAAACCAAUGAUGGAUCUAAGAAGAAGGCUCGUACUUUUGAUUUUAUGGACAUGUUUAAAGAAGCCAGACAAACUGCCUUAGAGCGUAACCAAGGAAAAUUUGAGGAUGACAAACAUAGUACGGAAAACGAUAAUGAAGACAUCAUAGGCCCACCUCCACCAGCUGCUGUGGCUCAUAAAUCUGCUGAAGAAACUGAAUCUUCCAAAACUCAAAUUUCAAAAAAUUCUAAGCCAUCUGACAAAAGUAGUGAUGAGGAAGAUAUGAUAGGACCCCCACUUCCUCCAGGUAUAGCCAAAGGAUCCAAAAAAGAUACAGAUGAUGAUGAUGACAUGAUAGGUCCUCCAUUACCUCCUGGUUUGUCCUCAUCAAAAGAUUCAGAUGAUGAAGAAGAUGAAGAGGAGGAAGAAGAGACCUUAGAUAAGAAAAUCCCUUCUUCUCAUGAGAUAUCUCUUGACCAUGGAUCCAAAGCUGUGUCUGCUUUAGCCCUGGAUCCUGCAGGGGCUCGGCUUGUAACGGGUGGACAUGACUUCAUUGUCAAGUUCUGGGAUUUUGCUGGGAUGGAUCAGAGUUUACAGUCAUUCAGGAACAUAAAGCCAUGUGAAAGUCAUCACAUAAAGCAGCUGCAGUAUAGUGCCACAGGUGAAAUGAUACUGAUAGUAGCAGCUAAUUCCCGUGCCAAAGUCAUGGACCGUGAUGGUUUUGAGAAGCUUGAGUGUGCUAAAGGAGACCCCUAUUUAGUGGAUAUGGCUAGUACCAAGGGACACACAGCUAUGUUAAAUGGAGGUUGCUGGAAUCCGAAGAUGAAAGAAGAAUUCAUGACAUGUUCCAAUGAUGGUACAGUGAGAUUGUGGGAUGUAAACACAGAGGGAAAGAAACACAAAAACUGUAUAAAACCAAAGUCUCAGCAAGGGAGGAAACUUGUCCCCACGGCCUGUACCUACAGUAAUGAUGGUCGCUGGGUGGCAGCAGGGUGUCAGGAUGGAUCAAUUCAAAUCUGGGAUCAUAAUAAAAACUUUGUAAAUGUGGCCCUCCUAAACAGAGGAUGUCAUAUGAAUGGUACAGAUACUUCCUGUUUGUGUUUCUCAUAUGAUGGACAAUGUCUGGCUUCUAGAGGAGGUGAUGACACACUUAAAUUAUGGGACAUAAGGAAUUUCAAGAAACCAUUAAAAGUACGAGAAAAUUUGGUCAGCUACUAUCCAGUAACUGACUGCAUCUUCAGUCCUGAUGACAGAAUGGUAUUAACAGGAACCUCAGUAAAGAAGCAGGGAGACGGAAAGCUUAUCUUUAUGGAGCGUGAGUCCUUAAACACAGUGUCAGAAAUCGCUGUGAACGAAUCCAGUGUUGUACGCUGUAUAUGGCAUCCGAAACUAAACCAGAUUGUGAUUGGCUGUAGUGACGGGAAGGCUCGCCUGUUUUAUGAUCCAGACAAGAGUCAUAGGGGAGCUAUGCUUUGUAUGGUGAAGCAACCCAGAAAAUCCAAGCAGGUGCUGGCUAUGGCAUCACAGCAAAUCAUCACACCAUAUGCAUUGCCAAUGUUCAAAGAAAACAAAACCACAAGUACAAAGAAAUUCGAAGAGAAAGUCCGAAAGGAUCCCAUUAAAUCGAAACGUCCAGAUUUACCCAUCACAGGACCAGGUGAGGGUGGUCGGAUCGGUAUGAAGGGAGCUACACUGGCUCAGUAUGUGGCUCAGAGUCUGGUGAAGAGGAAACCUGACAAAUACGAAAACGACCCCAGGGCAGCCAUUUUAAGACAUGCCAAAGAGGCAGCAGAAAAUCCAUUCUGGAUUGAUCCUGCUUACAAAAAGACCCAGCCUGAGAAACUCUUCCAGGAGGAAGAGAAGGAGGAGGAGGAAGAUGAAGAUGAACCUGUCUGGAAGAAACCCAAAGUCUGAUUCAAAUUCACCGGUAAACUCAUAAGACAGGCUGCAGGUCAGUCUACAACACUAAGCUGAAUUCUCCGUGAAUGGAUGUGAAAAUGAAUGAAAUUUAUAAUUUCUUGUUUUUGGUGAUAAUAGAAAAUUGGGAAUUUUCACUGGAAUGCAGACAAGUCAAUUUUUUGUCAGGUUCCAAUGAUCCAAAACAUGAAUGACUGAAAACAAGGCAGCAGGGUGAUACUGUGUUUUACAAUUUUUAUGGGAACAUAAGUAGUGAAAUGUUUGUCUCCACUAUUAAAAACACGAGAAGUGAAGCAUUCACCUCCAAUAAUGACAUGAGGAGUGAAGUGAAUAUAAGGAAAUCAUAUGUAUAUAUUUCCUGAAUUUCUAUUUAAAUUGAGUUCAUAAAUCUUACAUUUCAAUAAAAUGUCAUUUCAUU